AUGAAGCUCGCCGCUAGCCUCAGCUCCAAAUUCCUCAGCCUCAGCCCCAAACGCAUCUUCCGAUCCAAAUCGAAGUCUUCCGUCUCCAGAUCUGAACCUUCUUCCUUCAGCUCCGGUGCUUCCUCCUCUUCCUCCGAAGGAUCGUACGGCAACCUCAAGGCAGGUCCCGCCGCGACUCCAAUCAGUGUUCUCCCCGAGAACUCCGGCGACUGGUCCCAGAUUUCCGGAGAUCGCGAUUUUUACUCUGAGCUGAUUCAGGCGUUCAAACUGAUCGACCGAGACGACGACGGCGUCGUUUCCAGGGGAGAUCUAGCGGCGCUUCUCAGCAGGCUGAGUCCUGAGCCGCCGAGUCAGGAAGAGGUGAGCCUGAUGCUCACGGAAGUCGACGGAGGAGGAGACGGCGGUUGUAUCAGCCUCGAAGAGCUGGCUGGCCGCGUCGCCGGGACCUCCGGUGAAGGAUUAGGCGAGAUGAGGGAGGUGUUCGAGUACUUUGACGCGGAUCGCGACGGGAGAAUCUCGGCGGAGGAGCUGCACAGAGUAUUUGGAGCCAUCGGAGACGAAAGGUGCACGGUAGAAGAGUGUCGGCGUAUGAUAGCGACGGUUGAUAGGAACGGCGACGGUUUUGUUUGUUUCGAUGACUUUUGCCGCAUGAUGGAGCUUCAGGCUCCAGCGAUGAAUGAUCAUCAUUAA